AAGUGCGGUCUCACUACUGCUGAUUUGUUUUCAUUAAUUCUUUUUGGCUUGGAGAAUAAAUUAGGACAAAUGAGGAAUCAUCGCGGGCCAACUGAAUUGUGACCAGCGGGCAGCAGCAGCGGCAUGCGACACCGACACCACCAGCGCAUCAGCACCACCUGGCCAACGUUGUAAGGGAUUCUCCUAUCCCCCCAAAGAGCCACCGAUUCCACUUGAGACCCAAAAGUCCCAGUUCAAAACCAAAAUCAAAAUCAGCGGAGCACCCGCACACCAGCGAGAACAAGUGGUUCCUACAUGAUCCGGCGACACGCUGCCCCCCUCUCCGUGCUCCAUGCUCUGUGCUCCAGCUCAAUGUAAAUGUUAAUUAAAGCCAAUUGAGCGCACACCCAAAAACACGCACCAAACCGAAAACGAAUACGAAAUACGAAUCACUCACCCGGAGGAGAAGGCUCCGUUGGUCAAGAUUCCGCGCUUAACCUGUUCAGGCGACAACGGAGGUGGCGGUUGUGCUGCAAUAAAUGGACAUAAUUGCUCUAAUUGGACAGAGCAGCAGCAGCAGCAGAAGCAGCAGCAGUGGCAGUGGGAACGGAGGAGCACGAGCACCAUCAACAGCAGCAGCAGCAGCAGCAGCACCCCCCCUUGCAAUAGGAUGGCACAAUUCACACUCUACAACAAACACAGUGCGCCGCCCAGUAGCGAGAGUACGCGUGUGGACUGCGAACACGUACCGCUGUGCUCGAUUAACGAUGUGCAGCUAAGGUUCCUGGUACCCGACGAUCUGACGGAGGUGCGACAGCUGUGCCAAGAAUGGUUUCCAAUCGACUAUCCACUAUCAUGGUAUGAGGAUAUUACCUCAAGCACGCGCUUCUUUGCGCUGGCAGCUGUAUAUAAUCUGGCCAUAAUUGGUUUAAUCGUUGCCGAAAUCAAACCCUAUCGAAAUGUGAACAAGGAGGUAAUAGCCAAUAUGAGUGAUAGUGAUGAGUUGUACACCAGGCUGAGCGGUUUUCCCAUGCAGGACAAGGGCAUCCUGCCGGACUCGAUGGGUCGUUCCGCCGAUGUCGGGUAUAUACUGUCGCUGGGCGUCCAUCGUUCGCAUCGACGCAAUGGCAUCGGAUCGCUGCUGCUGGACGCGCUAAUGAACCACCUGACGACGGCCGAGCGGCAUUCGGUGAAGGCGAUCUUCCUGCACACGCUGACCACCAAUCAACCUGCCAUAUUUUUCUACGAGAAGAGAAGAUUUACGCUUCACUCAUUCCUGCCCUACUACUACAAUAUACGGGGCAAGGGCAAGGACGGAUUCACCUAUGUGAACUACAUUAACGGCGGCCAUCCACCCUGGACACUAUUAGAUCACAUCAAGCACUACGCGUCGAAGGUGCGACACACCAGCAGCCUGUGCGCCUGGCUGGCCGGACGAGUCCAGCAGGUGGUGCGGUGGUUCUACCACAAGCUGCUCACUCGCUUCAACUUCAUCGAGUGAAUCUCGACGGCAGCACACAGCACUGGCCAGUCCUUCCUAGACACACGAGCACUUUGAGGGCGAUGAUGAGUGUGUCCGCCGCAUUAUGUCAUCCCGUCGAGCAUAAACAGAAACACAAACAAACACAAACAUUUAUAUGUACUAUGGCACCCAAUCACCACCACAGACAGACACACCUUCAUUAUAAAUGUUAGGCAACACCUCCGCAGAAUUUUAUACGGAAGCUAAUAGAGAAGAUGUGAGACGAGAAGGAGAAGGAGAAGAUCUAGCAAAGAACAACAUCAAAGGCAUAAGUUGAAAGUUGUAACAUAGUUCGCUAAGUGUAUUAUUACGUUUUAAAAGAUAUCUAUCUGUUCACCACUGCUGUAAAUAGUCGUAUAAUGUUUUGUUUGAAUCGAGCUGUAACCGAGUGAUUUGGAAUUAGCCCCCCUUUCUUUUGAAUGUAGCCUGUGUGUAUGUUUUUCCUAAGUUUUAAGUUCCACGCACAAGACAGUCAUUUAGUUUAGCGAAGACAAACAACAAAGAUGCUCAUGCUUUAAUGCUUAAUUUAUGAAAUCUGCACGUAAAUAGCUUUGAACUGAGAAACAAAUUAAUGUUAAAUGGCAAGAAUAUCUAUCCAGUUUAAUACCCGAACCAACCAUCUAAAUUCAAGCCCCGUUCGCUGUUUCUAUAGUAUUUUGUAAAAGUAUUUUAAUGCAUAUUGUUUCGCAACUAAAUCUGAUUACUUUAGGCACAAUUUAUCUAGCAAAUUGUAAUAUUUUUUAAAAUAAAAACUUGUAAAGUUA